AUGAAACCAGGCUGCAUCUGCUGCGCUGGAGGUGUCUUGGGCUCGCCAGGGCAGCCUUUCCCCCAGUUUGGGUAUGGCGCUGGCGAUGCUCUUAGAGGCCUCACACCGGAGUUAAGACACAAGAAAAGCCGUAGAUAUGUCGAUUGGGUGAGUCGUGUAAUGGAACAACAUAAAGGUCCAAAAAUGAAACGAUUCAGUGAUCGUCGUUUCACUACUUCCAUUGACAGAUGGAUUCAAAUUGCAAUGACAAAGGGAGUUGAAAUACUAGAGUUGGAGUUUUUUUUAGGAGACGGGGUCAUUGACAAAGGUCACUAUGCUUUUCCUUACAAAGUAUUAGGUCUUGAAAAAGUACCCAAUUUUUUUGGACACAAUUUUAUUGGUUUUAAGUCGCUCAAAGUAGUUAAUUUCAAACAUGUUGAUGUGGCUGAAGAAAUUCUCGAGUACUUGUUGUCUAACUGUCCAGGUCUUGAACAGUUGAGUAUUCGUGAAGCAGCAAACCUUGUUUCCUUUAUUUACUAUGGAGGUUCGGUAAGCUUGCUUCUCAGUGAUGUACCAUUGCUCACUGAAGUAUCCACUGAAGAGGCUGACUGGGGUGUUGAUUCGAUAAGGGUUGUGUUCCCUCAACUUUCAUGCUGUAUUCUUUCUCGGCUAGAGAUUCUCAUGUUGGAUAUCACCCCAGUGACACUGGACCACGAUGAUUUUGGCCCACUUCAGAAUCAUGCAUUUCCUAUAUUAGCAAAUCUCAAGCAAUUGGAAUUAAUAGUUGAAGCAGAUUAUUGCUUGUCUCUUCAUCACUUAAGUUCUUUCAUGAAGGUAUCUCCUUACUUGCAGAAACUUGUAUUGAAGAUGAAUUUCGUAACAUGGAGGCGACCAAAAGUAAAGACAGUUGCCAAAUGCCCCCAUCCUUACCUCAGGGUAGUAGAAAUAGUAGGGUACCGUGGUCGAAGACUUGCUGUUACACAAGUCAUGCACUUAAUAAAGAGUGCUGUUGCACUGGAGAAAAUUGUUAUUGAUCCUGUUCGGCGUUGGUUGUAUCCUAAGGGAAUGGAAAGGGUACUUGCAGAAGUCGAGAAGGAAGUGAAGGCAAGAGAUCAUGCUAUGCAACAUAUUAAACACAAAGUGCCUUCAACAAUCGAAUUUGCAUGCCUCUAG